GAGAUGAGUUUUUCUUUUUCUUCCGCUGAAGCUUCCCAGUAGGCAGUAGUGAAGAAAGAACUUUUCCUCACCCCUCAGAAGAGACUGAAACUUUAUUAGCGCAAACCUUGUGCAUUAUAUAUAUGGGUACAUUUACCAUGCAUGUCACAACCCAUAUUUUGCCUCCAAAUUUGAACUCAAAUAGAUCAAACCCGGCCACUUCAAUUAUGGAGGGGAAAAGAGAACAGAGCAAGCCGAAGGUGAGGGAUCAAAUCCGGUAUAGAGGCAUCCGGAGGCGGCCUUGGGGAAAGUAUGCUGCAGAAAUUCGGGACCCUACAAGAAACGGGGUACGUCGUUGGUUAGGUACAUUUGACACAGCUGAACAGGCAGCAAGGGCUUAUGAUCGAGCUGCUUUUGGUUUCCGGGGUCGUUUAGCCAUCCUCAACUUCCCAAAUGAGAGUCAAUACCACAAUUCAUCAACAAGCUCUUUUGUCACAUCAACUUCGCCACCCUCAUCGUCUUCCUUUUCAUCUGCUGCUGCUAACAUUGAAAAAAACUUUGGAAACGAAGAAAGUGGAGUUAUAGAGUUUGAGUAUUUAGACAAUAUGAUCUUGGAGGAGCUUCUUGCAACACAAGAAAGUCAAGGCAAAAGAAAGAGAGGUGGACUAGAUUGACAACUCACGACACUUUUCAUAGGACUCAAAUCCCAUACUACCCUGGAACAGAGAAAACAGAACCAAACAGUGCAGAAGGGAA